AUGUAUGGAAGUGCAAGAACAAUCACGAAUCUGGAAGGUAGCCCUUCCAGAUCCCCUCGUUUGCCACGGUCUCCUCGUCUGGGCCACCGAAGAACGAGUAGUGGGGGAGGUGGAGGAACAGGCAAGACUCUGUCCAUGGAGAACAUCCAGUCCCUCAAUGCAGCCUAUGCUACAUCUGGACCCAUGUAUCUGAGCGAUCAUGAGGGGGUGGCCUCAACAACUUACCCAAAGGGCACUAUGACUCUGGGAAGGGCCACAAAUCGAGCUGUAUAUGGAGGCCGAGUCACAGCUAUGGGGAGUAGUCCCAAUAUUGCCUCUGCUGGACUUUCCCACACAGACGUCCUUUCAUACACGGAUCAGCAUGGUGGUCUGACCAGCUCAUCCCAUCAUCACCACCACCAGGUCCCUUCCAUGUUGAGGCAGGUAAGAGAUAGCACCAUGUUAGACCUUCAAGCCCAGCUCAAGGAACUUCAGAGAGAGAAUGACCUCCUACGAAAAGAGCUCGACAUCAAGGAUAGCAAGUUGGGAUCUUCCAUGAACAGUAUCAAGACCUUUUGGAGUCCUGAGCUCAAGAAGGAGAGAGUCUUGAGGAAAGAAGAGGCAGCUCGGAUGUCUGUCCUCAAGGAGCAGAUGAGGGUUUCCCAUGAAGAAAAUCAGGUCAAUGCCAACGGCAGUGUCCUGCUGAGUGAGAUCGUGGGCACUAUCAAGCUCAAAGUGUUUCUGUCGGGAAUGCCAGAGCUGCGGCUGGGCCUCAAUGACCGUGUACUCUUCGAGCUCACUGGCCGGAGCAAGAACAAGUCUGUGGAGCUGGAGGAUGUGAAAUUCCACCAGUGUGUGCGGCUCUCUUGCUUUGACAAUGACCGCACCAUCUCCUUCAUCCCGCCCGACGGUGACUUUGAGCUCAUGUCCUACCGCCUUAGCACCCAGGUCAAGCCACUGAUCUGGAUUGAAUCUAUCAUUGAGAAAUUCUCACACAGCCACUUGGAAAUCAUGGUCAAGGCCAAGGGGCAGUUUAAAAAGCAGUUGGUGGCUAACGGCGUAGAGAUAUCUGUGCCCGUACCCAGCGAUGCUGACUCCCCUCGCUUCAAGACCAGUGUGGGCAGCGCCAAGUAUGUGCCAGAGAAGAACAUGGUUAUUUGGAGCAUCAGGUCUUUCCCGGGGGGCAAGGAGUACCUGAUGCGCGCCCACUUUGGCCUCCCCAGCGUGGAGAAGGAGGAAGUAGAGGGCCAGCCCCCCACUGGGGUGAAGUUUGAGAUCCCCUAUUUCACUGUCUCCAGGAUCCAGCACCUUCAGUUGACAAUCCAGGCCCUUCAAGAUGAGCUGCGAACCCAGAGAGACCUCAACCACCUCCUGCAGCAAGAGAGUGGCAACCGAGGAGCAGAGCACUUCACCAUCGAACUGACGGAGGAGAACUUCCGGCGGCUCCAAGCUGAGCAUGACAGACAGGCUAAGGAGCUGUUCCUAUUGAGGAAGACCUUGGAGGAAAUGGAGCUGAGAAUCGAGACACAGAAACAGACCCUCAAUGCCCGAGACGAGUCAAUUAAAAAGCUUCUUGAGAUGUUGCAGAGUAAAGGUUUGCCGUCCAAAAGUCUUGAGGAUGACAAUGAACGGACACGUCGGAUGGCAGAGGCUGAGUCUCAAGUCAGCCACUUGGAAGUGAUUUUAGACCAGAAAGAGAAGGAAAACAUACAUCUUAGAGAGGAAUUACACCAAGAAUCUUUUUGA